AUGGUCGGCAUCCCUCCCAUACAAACCUUCGAAUCACAUAUCGCUCUGGAUGAAGAUCUCACCUUCAAAGUGGAGUGCUCUUUCUCUCAAGAACAAGGUCUCACUCUCACCCUAACCAACAAGGAAGAAGGAAAACUGUUCUUUGUAAGAACCAAAAGUGUUGCCAGUGUUUUAGAGAUGUGUGAAUCUUAUAAUAUGGAAGGGAAAUCCAUGAAAGUUAUUUUCAAUUCCUGCAAGAACUUGCUCACCAAACCUUCUGACCCCUCCAGCCAUCAACAACUCGGAUUUAUGUUUUUCUGCCCCAAAAACCAAAACACUUUUUCAUAUUCAACCAAAUUUACCUCUCUUAACAAAGAAGGAAGCCUCUCCAGAGACUACUCCAACCCAAAAGCACUCUUGUACUUGAAAUUCGAGUGCUAUGACAGUCUUAAUGAAGAAAACUUUUGGUUCUUCUUGAUAUUAGAACAAGAAAUUGUGGAGAAAGAUGUUAACGAUGUAUCGAUUGAAGGUGCCAGUCAACACAAAGAUUUGGUAAUGAUGGAGGCCAGAAUUAGAAAGCUUGUCGAGUCCAUGUCAAGUAAAAUUGCAAUCUUGAUGGAGGAGAAUGAAUAUUGGAAAAAGAAGGCCCUUGAAAUGGGAUCUCAAGGACAACAAAAGAAACAAACUUCAUCUUUGUUGAAACAUGUUGACCCCUUUUUACAUCCUGAUUCAAUGCCUUUUGUAUUCGGCGUACUGUCAAGACAGGAAGAUUGUUACAGUGACAAUGCCAGUCUGACUAACCAUUUGGGACAAUGGUACAACAGUGGUGCAGAUCAAAUGGCGAAUAUUAUUUGUGGAACACAUUCAUUCAACAAUCAGUACAUUAAUUUCAACACUCCACCAAGCAUUCACUUUUUGCAAGGAAGUACUGGAACCUUUUUAUAUAAGGAGCAGCAUGUGGUGUACAAUAAUUCAAAUUGUUAUCAAUAUCCAAGAGCAAUGCUUGGAAUGUUUUUCAUCAAAAACUCUACUGCGCAGCCAAAAACCUUUACGUUCUACUUUGGGGGAACAUCUGGAUGGAGUUCUGGAUAUGAAGGAGCGAGUGUAUUUAUUGGAACACCUAAUGCGGAUGACAACAAUAGGCAGCGUGUCUCGUCGGUUUCAUGGAAAAAUUUAUGGUCGAUUUCAAAUGCAAAUGAAAAUCUUUCGACAUCCACAAAUGUAGCAGUUCCAGCAAACACAACCAUUUGCCUACUUUUAUACACGUCAUCUUUUUAUUACACUCAAAAUAGCAACUAUGUGGUGCUUUUCAGUGGUUGGAAAUGCUGGAACGUUCGAUCAGCAAUAACAAAUUCAGGUGGUCUUGAAAUAGAUCAUUCAAUGACUCUUAAGGCCAUUCAGUGCCAAGGUUCACAAAACUUUUAUCAGCUUUGGCAUAACUGA